UUUAGAUAAUGGUAUAAUCCAAAACAGAAUCGAAACUGAAAUAAGAUAAAUGGGGAACAGCAGUAGUAGUGAAGAUGAAUCAGCAAAGGAAAAUAAGAAAACAGAAGAAACACCACAGAAGAAACAUAGGACUAGACGGACUCAAAGAAGAAAAAGAUUUUUACAGAUUGGCAAAUUUUCAAUAAGCGUGGUAAAAGGUUCCAUUAUUGAUCAAACUACUGAUGUAAUUGUGACUGGAUCUGUACCAAGUCUGGAACUGAAUAAAACCAGGACAUCUAAACUAUUACUAGACAAAGCAGGUGAUUCCAUACAAGACGAAUGCAAAGAAAAAUACCCAUCAGGCAUCACAUGCUCUGAUGUAGCCAUUACCGGACCCGGGCGUCUAGAUUGCCAACAUAUAUUCCAUGUGACAGUCCAGAAAUUUUCUAGUAAAGGGGAUGAAAAGAAUUUAGAGACAUGUAUAAUGAACUGCUUAGCAAAGGCUGAUAGACUUGGAAUGACAUCCAUAGCAUUCCCAGCCUUAGGAACCGGCUUCCUAGGAUAUCCACCAAAAUUGGUCGCAGCUGCAAUGUUUCAUGCUGUUGAGAAUUUUGACAAGGCUCACACAAAAGCAUCCUUAAAAAUUAUCAAUUGUGUAAUGUUUGUAGACGACACAUUUAAGGAAAUUUUGUCAGAAGCAAAAGUUAGAGCAACUAGCAAAGGUCUUGAAGAAUUGUCAUUAGUGACGCGUGCAUCAUGCAGCAGUAAUGUGGGGAAGAUUCAUAUAAGUGUUAUAGUGGACACAAUAACGAGUCAGACGGCAGACGUGAUUGUUUGCACUUGCGCACCGAAUCUGAAGCUAUGUUCACGGCCUGGUUUGCCUAAAAAUUUAGCUGAAACUGCAGGAUCCGUUAUCCAGUCAGAACUUGACAGGAGAUAUCCAAAUGGUAUGAAAGUCGGAGAUUUAGUUGUUACAAAUGGUUACAAUCUAAAGUGCAGAAAAGUGUACUUUGGUUGCUUAUCUCCUUUCUUUGGUAAAAAGAAAGAAGACCAGUUACCUGAACAGGUCCUGUACAGUUUUGUAUACAAAUGUUUAGCAUCUGCAAGCAAGCAUCAUUGUAAAUCAUUAACCUUUCCGGCAUUGGGAACAGGUUAUCUAAAAUUUCCACCAGAUCUAGCUGCUUCCAAAGUUAUUCAGGCCAUUAAAGAUUUCCAUAACAAAGAGCAGCUAACAUCACUAAGAGAAGUCAAGAUAGUAAUUUUUGGUGGCACCAAUGACUGGGCAAAAAUAGAAAAGGCAUAUGUAAAAAGCUGUACUCCCCAAAGCGGACAUCCAAAUGAAGGUCCUAAGCAAGCAUUGCAAACUGUGCCACCUAGAGAAUCUCGUGCUUACUUUAAAUACAAAUAUCUAGAAGAAGCGAAACCUCCAUCUUACUGGACACAUUUUAAGAGUUCAAAAACAAUAAAGGAAUGGAAUACUACUGCCAAAGGUAAUACAAUUGUUCGGAAACAACCAGGUCUUCUUAUUACAAAAGCUAUUUCCAAUGCGUUCACGAAAACUUCGAAAAUGCCAGCUACAAUAGUUUCAAUAGAAAGAAUAGAAAACAUAUCACUGUAUGAAAAUUAUGUCCAUGAAUGUCAGCGGAUGUUCCGAAAGGCUAGUGGUAACGGUGCUUGUAUUCUAUUGGCAAAAACAAAGGGUUCGCGCGGUGAAGCGGCAUGCAUGAAGCACAUAGAUGAUGAAAUGAAGAAACAUCUCCAUCCAGAAAUAAAUGAAGUUUAUUUGUUUCAUGGCACGAAAAGAAAUCUGGUUGAUAUUAUUGGACAGCAAGGGUUUGAUGACAGACUGGCAAAAAUGAAUUUUGGAAGACUUCGACUUGGAAAUGGUGUUUACUCUGCAGAGGAAUCCCAUGUUUCUAACGGCUACACAGAUGGAAACGGCCAGUGUAAAAUGUUCCUGAUGAGAGUCUGUCUUGGUGACGUAUACACAACACCACAAAAUAUAGAGAAACUGACCCGACCACCUUGUAAAUCAGGAUGUAUAGGAGUAUGUACCAGUCACCCGGAUUUAUAUGAUUCAGUGGUUGGAGAAUGGCAAGGAUAUUGCAGAGAAUUUACUGUGUAUGACCGAGCUAAAUGUUAUCCGGAGUAUAUUAUAACGUACACUAUUCCAUGAAACAAAUUUUUGAUAUAGCUGAAAAUAUACAGGCAAUAUAUUUUUGUUUAUUUAAACUUAUGAUUAUGCUUGCUUUUUGUAUGGAAAAAUUUAUGAAUUUAA